GAGAUUUCAAAUAGUAGCUUAGUUCUGCUCCACAUCCAGCAAAAUAUACAGGCAACAUGCCUGCAACUAGUGCACCACUAGUACGAGAGCAGCCAUGGCUUGCGUGUUUCUGUAUGGCGUUGGCGUUGUUUUGCUCUACUGCAUCCGAGGCGGCGGUGCGUUCGUGUAGCUGCUGCGAGGAGGAGAUAAAAAAGAGGGACGACAUCGUCUACUACAGCUUCCCAACUUUCAACAAUAGUAUGGGGAUGGGAGGCGCUGGCUUGGCGUUUCAAAAGGAUGCAAUCACAAGUGGGGGAAACCUCCAGCUGACUCCAGACAGCAGAAGCAUCACCGAGGACCUCCUGAACAACAGGACCGGAUCUGUUCUCCUCAUGUCUCCGGUCACGCUGUGGCGCGUCGACUCCCAGGGCGUGAGGCACGACGCCUCCUUCAACACCUCCUUCCACAUGAACAUGUACAGGGUAAACACAAGUAUAAGUGGCGAGGGCUUUGCUUUUGUCAUCGCCUCCUCCCUCGAUGGCCCUCCGCCAGGAAGCCAUGGUGGCUUCCUCGGCCUCACAAACACCACCUUCAAGUCUACCUCCAGCAGCUUCGUCGCCAUCGAGUUCGACACGACCAAGCAGUCGUACGACCCCGACGACAACCACGUUGGCCUCAACAUCGGCAGCAUGGUCUCCGACCCCGCCGUGCCGCUCUCCUCGGUCCCGCCUGGCAACCUUACGCUCGCGCCAGUCAAUACGAAAGUAGAUAAUUCACACACAGUGUGGAUCGUCUACAACGGCGUGGGACACCACAUAUGGGUAUACAUAGCUCCAUGGGGCCAGGAGCAACCAGAGCGCGCCGUCCUUGACGCGCCGCUCAACAUCAGCAGCCAUCUCCCACAGAGAGCCUACAUUGGUUUCUCGGCAUCGACGGGACAGGACACCUACGAGCUGCAUGCUAUCCACAGCUGGAACUUGACGCUUGACAAGCUCCCCGGUGACGACCGUCACGGCGGCCAAUGGAAGGUGAUACUCCCCGCAGUCCUUGGUACGGUGUCUGUAACUGCCGCCAUGAUCGCCGCCGCGGCCUUCUACUUCCAGUCCAGGUAUAAGGCCCUCAAGAUGGAGCUGAAGCUGUCCGAGGCUCUCCGGCGGCUUCCUGGGACGCCCAGGGAGUUCAAGUACGCCACCGUGAGGAAGGCCACCAACAACUUCGACCAGGCAAGGAAGCUAGGCGCAGGAGGCUUUGGUGCCGUGUACAGGGGAACACUACGCUCUACGGUGCCAGGGACGACCAAGUCACGCGUCGACAUCGAUGUGGCAGUGAAGAAGUUCACGCGUAAUGAUGACCGCUGCUACGACGACUUCCUGGCUGAGGUUCAUGUCAUCAACCGUCUGCGUCACCGAAACAUCGUGCCGCUAGUAGGUUGGUGUUAUCAGAAAGGUGAACUCCUGCUCAUCUACGAGUACAUGCCAAAUGGAAGCCUGGACCAGCACUUGUUUCGCGCACGCGAAACCCCGCAGCAGCCCGACACCCUCCUAGGAUGGAACACCCGCUACAACAUCAUCAUGGAUGUCGCCGCAGGGCUCCACUACGUCCACCACGAGCAUGAGCACAUGGUGCUCCACCGUGACAUCAAGGCGAGCAACAUCAUGCUCGACUCUUCCUUCCGUGGCCGCCUCGGUGACUUCGGCCUAGCCCGCAUCAUCACUUGCUUGAACAAGAACUCCUACACGGAUAUCGGUGUUGCAGGGACUUGGGGCUUCAUAGCGCCGGAGUACUCGAUGAGCCGCAAGGCCACACGCAAGACCGACAUUUACGCGCUUGGGGUGCUGAUCCUUGAGGUUGUCACCGGAAAGCGGGCACUCAAUGGCUACCAUGAGUCCUUCCAACUGCUGACCGACUGGGUCUGGACAGCUCACCGGGAGGGGAGACUGCUCGAAGCUGUGGACGACGAGGUGGUUGGAGAGUUUGACGAUGAUGAUGCUAGUCGCUUGCUGCUUCUUGGAUUGGCGUGCACCAAUCCCAACCCAUCGGACCGCCCAAGCAUGGCAGAGGUGGUGCAAAUCAUUGCUAAAUCCACGUCCUUGCCGGACGUGCCACUGGAGAAACCAACCUUCGUGUGGCCGCCAGAAGGCGGCUGGAUCCCCUUGGAAUUUGAUGAACCAACGAUGAUCACAAGCACACAAUGGGAGGAUGGCUCGUCGGUGAGCAGCGGUGAUGCCCUGGGGGCGACAACAACCUAGCGACCCAUUGCCAUCGCCUUCAUUUCGUAUGUGUUAAAGAUUAUGUUGCUAUUUCCUUAAAGAAAAGAGUGUGUAUAUGAGAGCGGCGUUUCGGAUGUCCGAUUUGUCUUUUUUGCUGAGAGCUGCACAGAAGUCCAAAUGUUUUGAAAAUUGGAGCGUACCUCACGCAUCAAAUU